AUGAAUUCUGAUAAAGAAGUUUCUAUUCCUAUUCGAAAUCUAGGAAAUGAUAAUAAAAAUCAUAGUUUAUUAACGGACUUAGAAAAAAAAUAUUCAUAUUUUAAUGGAAUGAUUAGUCAAAUAAAAAAUUCUCCAUACUAUGAUGAAGAAAAAUUUUUAUUAGUAGUUCAGCGUAUUAUGAAUCUUGAAGAUGAAUUAAAAUUAUCCGGUAUAAAUGUUCCCAAAGAUAAUACUCUUUUUGACAAAAUUGUAUUAGCUAUGAUAAAAGACUAUCCUAAUACUGAUUUACAAAUAGUAGCUACUAGUUCUAGACGUAUAACAACUACUAAGAUGAGUUAUGAAGAAUUGACACCAGGAAUGGAUAAUAAAACUGAUGAUGAGGUUAUGAAAACACAAAGAAAAUUAUUAAAUGAAAUUUAUGAAAAAGAAUAUGAAAAGGAAAUUGAUGGAUUGACAUCACAAGAUAAUAUAAAACAAUCUGAAAAAGUUGAUGAAGGAUAUACAGAAGAUAAUGGAGAUGUAACUUCUAAACGAAUGACACAUACAAUUGUCACAACACAAACAACAUAUAUACCAGAACAAGAAUUUCCUAAUGAUACGGAUAAGAAAGUUAUUUUUGAUGAGAAUCAAAGUGGAGAUAAAUUUCGAUUAAAAGUCAACAACAACAUUUAUGACGGUAUUUUACAUACAACUAACACUUUUGACGAAUCAAUGGAAGCUUCAGCUAACAAAAACACUCAUAUAAUACCAAUAUCAAAGGAUAAAAAUAAUUGA